UUCCUUGUUGCUGUAUGUGUGUAUUUGCUGCUGUAACUGGACUGAGUGUCUCACAAUAACAGGGGUGCAGAGUCUGAGUGCCAGCUGACAACAGGGUGAGUGUGGCAAUGGGGCAGCUAGCCAAAACACACAGGGCUCACACCCCAGCCAUCAGUACUGGCCACAUAGUAGUAGUCCUAGGGCUCAUUAACCCCAGCAGGGUUUAUUAUAAUGCCAUGGCACAGCUCACUGGCCAUAUGUAGGCAGCCAGUAGCCCAGGAGCUGGGUGGCACCUGGCUUGACUUGUGUCAUGGCCCCUCAGGUAACACGUGGGAGAUCCUUUCAUUGUAAAAGAAGAUUACAUUGCUAUUUCAUGUGAUAUAAUGUGUGUGUGUGUGUGUGUGUGUAUAGGGAGGAUUUAAGGGUAUUUAGAUACAACUCUGCUGAUCUGUCACACAAGACAAUGUUACUUGUUAACUUAUAUUUGAGAUUGCAAGCUUCAUUAAAUGGGGGUCACAACAAAAGGUGGGAAAAAAAACCACCCCAAAAACAAAACCAUUCAUGAUUUAGAUCUAUCUAUAUCAAGGAAAACCUUGUCUUCAUAUCUAGAUGUUAAGUUUUAGGCUUUUGGGAUUACACAUUUAGCCACUUAGAUAUUUUAUGAUACACUGGCACCCCAGAUCUCCUUAUAAAAAAAUAAGUCCUUUUGUUCACCCCAGCUGUAUAGUUAGUUACAAGUUAUAUUUUAUGGUUGCUUUGUAGCAAAUUAUUUUCUCAAGCGUAACACCAUGCAGAGUUGGUAUUCUCGUAGUAGGUGUAAAUUUUUAUGCAAGAGAUGAGUUUAUUCAGGUUUCAGUCAAGCACUUUAAUGUUAAAGGUUACGGUAAUUAAUAUCAAAUCUUUGGAACCUUAUAGUGAACGGAUACAGAAGUUAAUAUGGCCUUGACAGUUUGGCUCUGCUUACUGCCACCUGUUUCCACUAUUUUGGAAAGAGUUCAUAUCUGAAUUUAAGCACAUUUAUUUUAAAUUUACAAUAUUGCAAUGGUUGCUGUAGGUUAUGGUUGUCACUGAGUUAUUAUACACACAUGAAAACACAUUUAUUAUAAUAAAUAUUGGAAUAUGUACACACACACACACACACACACACACCCAUAAGUCUCUACACAUCCAUAUAUUUAUCCAGUGUAUCUGUGUGCUGGAUAGGUAGGGACUUAUGUGCCACCCUGUGUAUAUAUACAUGUAUAUAGAUAAUACAUUGUUAAACAAAAAUCUGCACACCAGUCAAGCCAUAAGACUUGCUUUUCCCACAGAAAUCACAAAUCUGCUGUUUAUGUUACAACCGCAAAGGAUUCUGGGUGGGCACAUACAAAUUAGUUGCACAAAGAAUCACAUUUUUGUCUCAUUCCAUUUUAAACAUUGCUUCCUUUGAGUCUGUGUUUGCUGUAAGUCUUAAGCAAGUCUUAUGGCUUCACUGGUGUGCAGAUUUUUGUUUAAAGGACCACUCUAGGCACCCAGACCACUUCAGCUUAAUGAAGUGGUCUGUGUGCCAGGUCCAGCCAGGCUUAACCCACUCUUUUAUAAACAUAGCAGUUUCAGAGAAACUGCUAUGUUUAUGAAUGGGUUAAGCCUUCCCCCAAAGCCUCUAGCGGCUGUCUCACUGACAGCCGCUAGAGGCGCUUGCGUGAUUCUCACUGUGAAAAUCACAGUGAGAGCACACAAGCGUCCAUAGGAAAGCAUUGAUAAUGCUUUCCUAUGCGACUGGCUGAAUGCGCGCGCACAUUCAGCCGACGGGGAGGAACGGAGGAGGAGAGCUCCCCGCCCAGCGCUGGAAAAAGGUAAGUGUUUUUCCCCCUUUCCUCCUUCCAGAGCCAGGCGGAGGGGGACCCUGCGGGUGGGGGCACCCUCAGGGCACUAUAGUGCCAGGAAAACGAGUAUGUUUUCCUGGCACUAUAGUGGUCAUUUAACAUUGUAUUAACUAUCCACAGACUUCAGGUGGAAGGGGUUUUCAAUCCCAAUUUUUUCCCCACCAUAACCUGUUUGGUUUUUGCUUCCCAAGCAUUAUCAAGCCUCAAUAACCAGUAACCAACCUCAUGCUGAUGAUUUGUAUUUACAAUGAAACAGCUGUCCAUGAGUGGUUCUCUGGCUUUGCAUCUUUUCCUAAGUUGUGUUUCACAGCUGUUGUAUACAGCAAACACAGACUCCAAGGAAUCCAUGUUUAAAAUGGAAUGAGGCAAAAAUGUGAUUCUUUGUUCAACUUAUUUGUAUAUGCCCACCCAGAAUCCUUUGUGGUAGUAACAUCAACUUUCUGUGGGAAAAGCAAGUCUUAUGGAUUGACUUGUAUGCAUAUUUUUGUUUAACAUGGUUUUAAAGGACCACUAUAGUGCCAGGAAAACAUACUCGUUUUCCUGGCAGUGCCCUGAGGGUGCCCCUACCCUCAGGGUCCCCCUCCCGCCUGGCUCUGGAAAGGGGAAAAGGGGUAUACUUACCUUUUUCCAGCGCUGGGCGGGGAGCUCUCCUCCUCCGAUCCUCCUCCGUUCCUCCUCCUGGGCUGAAUGCGCACGCGCGGCAAGAGCUACGCGCGCAUUCAGCCGGUCACAUAAGAAAGCAUUCAUAAUGCUUUCCUAUGGACGCUUGCGUGCUCUCACUAGGAAAAUCACAGUGAGAAGCACGCAAGCGCCUCUAGCGGCUGUCAAUGAGACAGCCACUAGAGGAUUAGGGGGAAGGCUUAACCCAUUCAUAAACAUAGCAGUUUCUCUGAAACUGCUAUGUUUAUGAAAAAAUGGGUUAACCCUAGCUGGACCUGGAACCCAGACCACUUCAUUAAGCUGAAGUGGUCUGGGUGCCUAGAGUGGUCCUUUAACUAUCCACAGACUUCAUGUUGAAGGGGUUUUCAAUUAUGUUUUUCCCAACCAUAACCUUCUUGGUUUUUGCUUCCAUAUCUAUAUAAUAGCAUAUGAAGUGCCCUCAGUGGACGUGUGUUCAAAUGAAGCACUGUAAAUUUUAUUUACAUACAAUUAAGGUUGUCAAUGUUUCAGUCCUCAAACAGACUUUCAUCAGAUCUUUAAAUAUCAUUAUUCUUCCCAGGACUUGCUCCUUUCAUUUCUUGCUCCCAUUCCCAACUCUAGAACUCUAAUCUUACCGCCUGUCAGACUCUCAACCAUGUUUUGCAACUUUAAGCAUACUGUAAAAUUCAAAUUAAAAAGUUAAAUUACAAUAAGCAAUCCACCUCGUCCUUCUAAUCCCCCAUACACAGUUCUAAUUUACCAACGGGGUUAUCCACUAACGUAAAAAUUCGAAGAGAAUUUCAAAGUUACUGUCGAAAUAGUUAAACUGGAAAGGUAUUUUUUUUUUUUUUUUUCUAACUCAACUAUGCUUCCAGUUCUGCUACUUUGGCAUUAAACUUUAGUGAAUGACCAUGAAUGUCUCUAACUUUUCACCCGCUUUAGCCAUCACUUAUCCAUACUGCUUAUCAAUUGCCCUCAUAAUUGCCUUCUCUUACCUCUUGUAUUUGUCUUUGUAUAUUGUACGUUUCUCCACUAAUUGUACAGUGCUGCGGAAUCUGUUGGCACUUUAUAAAUAGCAAUAAUAAAUAAAUUAAUACAAUUUCCUUGUCCAUGUUUUCCUUUAACACGUGUCUCUGUAACCCCCAAACUCUACCAGAUUUUAAGGAAAAGACCAGGGCUAUCAACCCUCUGCACCAGUACAUACUUGCAUGUAUGUUCUCUAAAUUUUAUGUAAUAUCUGUUACGUCAUCAUAUAUGUAACUUUGUUAUACUGGCCAACGCUGAAGGCACAGCUAGCAUUUUUUUAAAACCAUAAAUAGUGUUGUUUUGUAAAACCUUUAGAUUUUUUUUAAUGGCAAAUAUAUGAAUUACACCUAAUAUUUAAAUAUUGACUAGGCUGUAUAUUUAUUUCGCUAAAAGGGUUAAUCCGUUUACAUUUAAGUUGUUAUUUUUUAUUAUAAUAGUCUUAUUUUACCUAUAUCUUUAAGUCCCCCCACCUCCCUGUUUUUGUUUUUUUUGAGCGAAUAGCCUUUCAAAAUACUUUAAAGCUUACAUAGAACCACGGUCCAGGCCAAGUUCUUCCUGAUUUUUUCCACUACUGUUUUGAUAUCACAUCAUCUUUUUCCAGGUUCAAUUGCAGUCCAAUUAAAUACGUCCCAUAGAGAAGCAAUGAUGAAUCUUUGGCGCAUGAGCUAAAUUUUGUUCUUAUUUCACUGUUCAGAGUUUUAAACCCCUUAAAAAUCAUACUUUGGAUUUCCCACUGGCCAUCUAAAAGAAGCACUCCAACACUGUUGUAGUGGUUAUGGACCCCUUCCCCUACCAUUGUAAGUAGUCAAACAUUUUUCAAGUGUUUGCCAUGUCAACACUAUUGUGUUUGGAAUUUUGACUCUCCAUAGCAAGUAGUGAAGCUGGGGAGUGGCACCUGGUGGACUUCCGGUUUUGUUUUUUGGGACCGUGUGCUGUGGAACCAUAAUGACUAUAUAGACGGUUAUGGUGCUUGAAAUGUUCUUCUAACUAUUCUUAUAUUUAAAAUCAUAUACUUUUUUAAUUUAUUUUUUGUCUACUAGACAUUUCUUUUGUCAGGCACUUCGUAUUAAUCUUCAGUCUGUAUUGUGAAUUUAAAUGUUAUAUGCAUUAUCAUAAAGAGUAUGUAAUUAGUCAUCUGACUUUUCUCGUUGUGCUGCAUUAUAUCCACAUGUGAAGAAAUCUGGCUUGCCUCUACAUUGCUAUAUCUGAGAUCAGCAAUUACUGUCAUGAAUGUAAUCUAAAAGACUGGUUUAUCCUUUUACAGUUGAAGGGUUAACAAGUAAUCAACAUAUCAACUUAUGAUUCAUACAACAUUUUGCUCAAAGCUGUUCUACUGAAUGGUAGUGGUGAUUUGUCACUUGGCCUAGAAUCUAAUGCUGGAAUGUUUGUGACACAGGCCUGGUCAUUUAACUGCACAUUUUACGUUAAUUGUGAUUUUAUUAAGCAAUUGCCAACUUAAAGGACUAAUGACUCAUUAUAAUCCAUUUUGUUUUCUGUUAUUCCUGGUUCUUCCAUUCUUGAUAGUUGCAAUAUUAAUAGUUUUUGUUUUUAAAAAUAUGUCUGCUAAAUGGCUUUUCGGGCAUUACAAUCAUUAUCCCUCACUUACUAAACCUUUUUAACUCUAUACUGCGACAUUGUUCCUUACAUAAUGGUACGCUAUAUGCAAAUUUGAUUACUCCCAGGCCCAAUAAAACACAUUAGGAUCCUGUAUAUUAUAAUCCAAUCUCAUUAUUCACAUUAAUUUCUUUAUUAAAAUAUAAGAAGAUAUUAAUUAUAAGUUGGUAGACCACAAUUUUCUACUGAAAACGUACUCGUACUAGGUGGGACUUGUCCUCACAUGCCACGCAGAUGAAAAACCCUCUACAUUCCUUUGCAGUGAGAGGUCUGUCCAUUUUCACCCUUGCAUUUUUUUCCCCUCUUCAUAGAACCAUUCCUACAUGCCAUAGGAGACAUCUCCUUGAUUUCAGAUAUUAGUUAGCUUGAAAGAUUUUUAAAGUUGCAGCUUAUGCCUAUGACAUUUUAUUGAAUAUCCCUUACAUCCCUCCUGCAUUUGCUAAGCCUUUUGGACUCCUAUUUGGUGAUGUUGAAAAAUACAAUUUGGAUAAGAUGUACACCUUAGCCCAGUGAUGGUGAACAUUUUUGAGCCAGAGUGCCCAAACCACAGUACAAACCAACUUUUUUCCCUCAAAGUGCCAACACAGCAAUUAAACCUGAAUACUGUGGUUUAAGUUUAGAAAAACAACUCAUACAGUUGCCUUCCAUCCCACCCACCAACGAUACGAAAGCAGAGUAGGCGCCUGCCGUUUUGGGCAGGCAGGUGCCUACUCAGCGUUGCCGCCGGGGGGACUUUGGCCCCCCUGGCGACUAGGCUAAACACAUUUCCUAACUGCCAUUCAGGGACACUUACUUUCACAAGUGCAUUUCAUCAAAUUUAUACUUAAGACUGGCAAAAACAUAUCUGCCAGUGCAUUUUUCAGUAUUUCUGCAAACAUUAACUGGCUACUUAGACACACGCAUACUCACAGAUACUUACAUAUAUAUAUUGACACUCACAGAUACACACACAUGCUCACAUAUACACACUGACACUCAAAGAUACACACUCACACCUAAACAUACACAUGGGCAAACACACAAAUUGCAAUUUACAUUUGUUAACCAUCCUCUGCACCCAUAUCUUUUUGUUUGCAGAGAGGUUAAUUUCUGGGGCUGGCUGAUGAUGAUGGGAGUCUGAAGGAGACGCUGCAGAGCUCUCUCUCCUGCCUCCUCUUCCUCUCUCAGUUGCUUCUUCAGUGUCCUGUCACCCUGUGCGGUCUGUAUGCUGGGAGAAAGUAAUAGUCACUUCCUCCCAGCACUCUCUGCAACAUUAAAGAGGCCUGGUCUGCCAAAGGACUGCAGCACCCGACCAGGCCCCUGAUGAGGUAGUUUCCGUAUAGGAGCUGCACCGUUGCCGCCCCGCCCCCCCCUUGAUCAGCCACUGAAGCGGCGGUGGUGCAGCUCAGCUCAUUCCGGAACUCUACAUUGUCCCUGUCAAGGUGUGUGUUUCUGUGUUUGUAUGAAUCUGACACACCGAUACACACACUGGCAGACAGUGGCACACAGUGUGUAUCUGUGUGUGUGUGUGUGUGUGUAUGUAUGUAUCUGUGUGCCAAGGUGUGUAUAUCUGUGUUUGUAUGCCCCAGUGUGUGUGUAUCUCUGUGUCAGUGUGUAUAUGUAUCUGACACACAGAUAUACACACACUGGCACACAGCUUCACACUGACACACACCUUUACACACGGAUGCGGAUGGCUCUGUGGGCCCUUUCAAUAAUCCAGUGGUCGUCUGGGAUUUCUGGUAGCAAAGGUUUCUGCAUAGAGAGGAUGGUGCCAUUGAGCGGACCCUCAUCCUGCCGCUCUGGGAGGCCGAGGAUGCAGAGGUUAUUGCGGCGGGACUUGUUUGCGAGGUCCUCCAAGGCAGCCUCAUUGGAUUCCAGAUGGGCGGCAAGGUGAGUGACUUGGUCACUGAGGUUUCCAUUUGGUGAUCCAAGGCGGCUGUUCUCGUGCACAGGGCGUGGAUCUCUGCUAUGACCGUUCUACACCCUGUUCCAAAUUAUUAUGCAAAUUCUAUUUAAAUGUUACAAAGAUUAAAUAUUUUGUUUUUCAGUUUAACUCAUAGAUGGUAUUGUGUCUCAGGGCUCUUUUGAUCACUGAAAACAAUCUCGGACACCUGUGAUAAUUAGAUUGCCAGGUGAGCCCAAUUUAAGGAAAAACUACUAAAGGAGGGUGUUCCACAUUAUUAAGCAGAGCACCAUUUUCAUGCAAUAUGGUGAAGAAAAAGGAUCUCUCUGCUGCCGAAAAGAGUGAAAUAGUUCAAUGCUUUGGACGAGGUAUGAAAACAUUAGAUAUUUCACGAAAAGCGUGAUCAUCGCACUAUUAAGCGAUUUGUGGCAGAUUCAGAGCACAGACGGGUUUGUGCAGAUAAAAGCACAUUGAGGAAGAUUUCUGCCAGAUUCAUGCAUCGGAUAAAGAGAGCAGCUGCUAAAAUACCAUUACAUAGCAGCAAACAGAUAUUUGAAGCUGCUGGUGCCUCUGGAGUCCCACAGACAUCAAGGUGUAGAGUCCUCCAGAGUCUUGCAACUAUGCAUAAACCUUCUAUUCGGCCACCUUUAACCAAUGCUCACAAGCAGAAACUGUUGCAUUGGGCAGAAAAAUACAUGAAGACUAAUUUUCAAACAGUCCUGUUCACUGAUGAGUGCCGUGCAACCCUAGAUGGUCCAGAUGGAUGGAGUAGUGGAUGGUUGGUGGACGGCCACCCUGUUCCAACAAGACUGUGAUGUCAGCAAGGCUGUGAGUCAUGUUUUGUGCCGGAAUCAUGGGAAGAGAGCUGGUCGGCCCCUUUAGAGUCCCCGAAGGUGUAAACAUGACCUCUGCAAAGUAUGUGGAGUUUCUGACUGACCACUUUCUUCCCUGGUACAGAAGGAAAAACCGUAAUAAAAUAUUCAUACAUGACAAUGCACCAUCUCAUGCUGCAAAGAAUACCUCUGCAUCAAUGGCUGCUAUAGGGAUAAAAGGAGAGAAAGUCAUGGUGUGGCCUCCAUCCUCCCCUGACCUCAAUCCUAUUGAGAACCUUUGGAGCAUCCUCAAGCAAAAGAUCUAUGAGGGUGUGAGGCAGUUUACAUCCAAACAGUAGCUCUGAGAGGCUAUUCUGACAUCUUGCAAACGAAUUCAAGCAGAAACUGUCCAAAAGCUCACAAGUUCAAUGGAUGCAAGACUUGUGAAGCUGCUAUCAAAUAAGGAGUCCUAUGUUAAAAUGUAACGUGACCUGUUAAAAUGUUGUUAUAAGUUUGAUUGAAAUAGCUUUUGAUUUCAGUAAAUAUGCUGCAAACACAACAAAUGACAAUUUUCAGUUCUUUACAACCUAUACAGUGUUUUGAAACUUACUGUGUGUAAUAUUUUGGAACAGUGCAUUGUAAGUUUUUUGUUUUUUUUAUGUUUAAAAAAAUAAAUAAAAAAAUACUGUUAUCAUUCGGAGGUUUGUUCAAUAAAAUUUGAAUUGUACUCUUAUUAGUUGAUAACAUGAGAAUUAUGCUGACUGUUAUUUACAUCAAUUAUUUAGGUAAAUGAGAAAAAUAUAAUUUGCAUAAUAAUUUGGAACAGGGUGUAGUGUUGCAUUCUAUUUCUUUGGCCAGAUAGGAUUUGACCGCCGCCAAUUCGGUCAGUAUGUGAUAAAUGUCAGCCGUCGGAAUGUCUCAUGGCUGGGAGGAUUCCGAUCUCGUUGGGGAAACAGGUGCGUGUGGACUGGCCUUGCCGCCCUCUUGUGCCUUGGGGCGGGAGGCCGCAAACAUGUCUAUGACCGCCGUACCCGUAUCAGGGCUCCUUUUUAUAUGAUUUGCGAGGGUUGCAUUUGUACAUAACGUCUCAGGGCAGAAAAGGUUGGUAAGAUGCUGUUGUAAAAGUGCUUCAAUUAACUGUUGGUUAGGAGGCCGGUGAGGCGUUCUAGACAAACACGUCUAGCUUGCUUCCUGGUCAUGCCACGCCCUGUAUUGUUUUAACAUUUUUACUAUAUAUUGUUUAAUGGACUCCGCAAGAUGCACACAAGCUACUGGUUAAAUUAUGGGCAUUCUAUUCAUUACAGGUGCAGCAAUAUCAAAAAUGUAAUGAACACAUCUGUUUCCCUUUUGACAUCACAAAAGGAUAGUAGCUUGCCCCAAGUUCUUGUUUUAUUAGGUUGCCAAAUUCAUUAAAUUCAUUCGUUUUGUGUAAAUUAUAAAUAAGAAAAGAGGGAGGGGUUAUGGAGUAGGAAGACUACCACCACUACCCCAAAGAAAGAUUACAGGAGGUACAAGGGGCUUAACCCCAAAAUUAAUAAUGAUCAGAACAGAGAAAAUGGGGUGGGGAGUCCACUCACAAACAGUGGGUGGAGUACCUAACCCAUUCAGAAGUACCUCCUAAUAUAGAGAGUCACAUGAAUAGGGUAAACAACCUUUAUUAGGAAAAAAUGCUAAAAAAAAUUAUCAUUAAUAAUAAUAAUACUAAUUAUACUAAAUACACCAAAAUAGUGUAUACACAGUGAUAGAGUGAACACCAACACCUAUAAAAGCCUGGGGAAACUAGUCCUACAGAGCCAUACAGCUGAAUAUAUAGUUAAGGUGAAAAUAGAGGAAAAAUCCACCUAAAUACUUUAGUAGAUAUGUGGCAGCGCAGACUAGUCUAAUCCCAUUAGGAAGGAAAAAAGCAUUACUGGGAUAAUGGAUAGAUUAAUGGUGGUUAUGAUGCCUAUAAAUAAAGUAUUUAGGUGGAUUUUUCUAUAUUUUCACCAUAACUAUAUAUUCAGCUGUAUGGCUCUGUAGGACUAAUUUCCCCAGGCUUUUAUAGGUGUUGGUGUUCACGCUAUCACUGUGUAUACACUAUUUUGGUGUAUUUAGUAUUGUCAGAAUAUUUAUAUCAGCAGACAUUUUGUGCUAAGAAAGAAAUUAAGUGUAUAUUGCCAGAGUCACUCAGAACAGAGCAGACUCCAUUUUGCUAUCUUCAGAAUAACAAAAACACAUUUCCUUGAUUUCACUAACCACUUGCUGAGCUAAGGAAUGCAUUAUAUAAACACAGACACUAGUGACAGAGAAGACUAAGUAAUUAAUUUUACUUUCUAAAUUUUACAAGGUUCCAUUGUAAGUAAGGGGUGAAAUUGAGUUUAUAACUGUCAAUUUUAGAAAUUACGAUCAAAGUAGUUGCCACAAAGACUGAGACAAACGCUUUGAACUGACACCAAAUCUAAGUUAUGGUAGUCAUUUUAGAUAAGCCAAAUGACGUCAAAAUCGUCAUCAGGAAAAGUUAACUCUUUCCUGGAUAAGAAGGAUUAGUUAGGCAAGACUGCCCUCUAUGGAUCAAAUACCUAAAUUGCGAUCCAUCGAUUGAACCCAUCUACGGUUUCCUAUUGGCUUAUAAACUAAUGACGUACAGAGAGUCUGGCCCUUUAAAAGUUAGGACAAAGGGAAGAGAAAGUAGUUGGUAGAGAGACGAGUUGAAGUUUGGGGAUUCCAGUUCGGACAUGCAGAGAGAGAGACUCAAGAAACAUUCUCUGGGACUAACACUCUACUCUUAAACUAUCUUGGACACUCAACUCUUAAACUCCUUGACACUUAGAAUUUUACUCUGACUUUCUAACCAACACCACUUUUCUCUAUCACUCACGCACCUCCAUACAACCAAUCAAGUUCCUGGGACUACCUACUCAUCUGAUGAGAAUAUCUACAUAACUGGUAAUUAUGCUGGUUUUAUUUAAUUAAUUUAAAUUAAUUAAAUCUUACUAAUAGCAUGAUAUAUGACUGGAUAAAUCACGGUCAGGUUUCAAUAUUUAGAAAUCUUAGUUAACUAAAGAAUAUAUAGUUAUAAACAUUCCAUUCUGCAGGUGGAAUUAAGAAUAAUUAUAUAUUAAUGUGAUAGUAUCACAUGUUAGCAUACCGCUGUUUUUAUCCAGGUGUAUUGAUUUGCUCUAAAAUAAGAUAAGAUAUCUUUUUAGGCAAAUUAAAAUUCGGCUUUUGUAAAAAUCUGGUAGAUCAUUCUUAUUGGAUGGUUCCAGGAAAUGAUUAAUGAGCUGUUUCGAAUGUUAUUUUAAUUAAAAAUCACAUGAGAAUAGGAUAUUAUAUGCCUAGGAGGAUCUAGCCAGCAUUGAAAGGGUUACUCACUCAGUUGAUUUAACUGUUAGCCAAGGUUUCAUGGCUGGGCUGUGUGAAGUUGACUUUCUGUGUCUGCGAAAUACCUCAUAAAUCUUAAUUGACAGAUGAUGCUGUUAGCCAUUGGAACGUGUAUAGCCAUUCCAUUGUAUUGCAUACUUAUGUUAUACUAAAUACUCACUGAUUAUUAUCAUGCAUGCUGCCUAAUAUUAUUUGUUAAUUAAUUUGUUACAAUAAAUAAAUCUAUUUUUAUAACAGAUUGUGAUUUUAUUGCAUGGAAUACAUUUCACUUAUUUGAUAAACGAUCUCUAAGAUCUAAGAGAAUUGAAAUAGUGGGCGAUUCUCGACUGUUUAAUAUUAUCAUCCCAUAAAUAUCCCCACAGUAUAAUUAGUAUUAUUAUUAAUGAUAAUUUUUUUAGCAUUUUUUCCUAAUAAAGGUUGUUUACCCUAUUCAUGUGACUCUCUAUAUUAGGAGGUACUUCUGAAUGGGUUAGGUACUCCACCCACUGUUUGUGAGUGGACUCCCCACCCCAUUUUCUCUGUUCUGAUCAUUAUAAACUAUAAAGUCAUGGCUUGUAAGACUAACCUUGAAAUAUGCUAUAACAGAUUAAAUUUUGUUCAUUUAGUGUUGGUUUCCAAAUAAGAGUCACAUUGUUUAAAUGCUUUUAUAAAAAUGUUAAUGAAAUAUUGAGAUAGACAGGCAAUGAAAGAAUAUCAACAAGUGUAUUGAGACUAAAUGAAAAAGAAGUGAAUAGUAAUAAUAUGUAUGGAGUGGAUAGAAGUAGAGAAACAAUUAGAUGGGAUGUGAGAGACAACCGGGAACAGUAGAGGGAGAAAGAAGGUCUAGGUUUAUCUUCAGAAAGAGAAAUAUAUCAAAUCUGAGUCGGGCCUGAAAGUUGCUAACUUUUUUUUAUCUUUUUUUUUUUUUUACACAGUUGUGCUUUAACGGUUAAGAUAGAAUUUAAACAUGUCAUCAGAAUCUCCUCGCCGUCCAAGCAGGUGCACAGGAGGGGUGAUGGUCCGACCUCAAGCCGUCACGUAAGAAUAACUGUUUUCUUUCAAUCCACUAUUGACUAAAUAAGUGAUUUUCGUUUUUAUGUUAUUCUGGUUUAAUUAAUUAAAUGAAAAAACUUUUCAGUUUACCAGUUUCUAGUUGUUUAUGUUUUGGGUCAAAAAUACAAACCUUUGUACAGUGAUUAAUAUUAAUACAAAUGAAGACUGUUGUUCGGUUUAACAUACUGGCUGGUCUUCUUUACGGCAUGGAACCCAUCAUGUCUCAUCUUUUAGAGUUGCCCUGCUAAUAUAAUGUUGCCCAGCAUUCAUCCAUGUGUAGCAAGCCUUUUGGGUUCACUGGAGGAAAGAGGCAAGCAAAGGUUGCCUGUUGUUGCAAGUUUCCUAGAACUCGGGAGCGCAACACUUAAAUAGCUUUCUCCUGACUUCCAUAGGUGAGCAAAGUAAGUAAAUGCUUCAGGAUGAAUGCAGAAUGCAGCAUUUUUUUGCUGCAGAACUGGAUGUUCUGGAGCUACUCUAGGUGUGUCCAUUCUGCUUGGUGGUAUAUACAUUUUGUGAUCCCGGAUUUAUCACUAAUUUCACAGGACACGAGAGACUUAAAUUCUUAAAGGGACACUAUAGUCACCAAAACAACAUUCACCUAAUGAAGCAGUUUUGUGUUUAGAUCAUGCCUCUGAAGUUUCACUGCUAAAUUCACUGCCGUUUAGGAGUUAAAUCACCUUUGUUUCUGUUUAUGCAGGCCUAGCCACACCUCCUCUGGGUGUGACUGACACACCCUGCAUGAAAACAAAAUGUUUUCAUUUUUAACCCCUUAAGGACACAUGACAUGUGUGACAUGUCAUGAUUCCCUUUUACUCCCGAAGUUUUGUCCUUCAGGGAUUAAUCAGAUGUAAUUUAUCUUAAAAGUUUUUAUCGCCUGCUCUGUAAAUUGAACUUUAUUCACACACAGGAGGCUCCUGCAGGGUUUAGCAAACUAUUCACACACCAGGAGAUAAAUUCUAAAUUAAACAGAAUUUGCAUUAAAGGAAGGAUAAACAUUAGAUGACUCUUUACAGGAAAUGUUUAGGAAUGCUGUGCAAGUCACAUGCAAGGAGGUGUGCCUAGGAUUGCAUAAGCAAUAUGAUUUAAAUCCUAAAUGACAGAUAAUUGAGCAGUGAUACUACAGGGGUAUGAUCUGUACACCAAUACUGCUUCAUUAAGCUAAAGUUAUUUUAAUGAUUAUAGUGUCCCUUUAAAUAAUAUACCGAAUAAGAGAAAGUGUAGCGUUGAGUGACAAAAAGCUAAUUAAAGCUGCAAUGUUAUGCUGAACUUACCUUUCCCCAAUCAAUCCGGAUCUGUUCUUCAUUUCUUCCUGUCUGCUCUAGUUUUCUUUAAAACAUAAGACAAAGUAGGGACUAUUUUGUCUUCUGGAGGUUUCCUACGCCUGGCCAUCUAUGACCAGCGGAAGAGAGAAAGGGUUCUCCGUUUCCUGUGGUCAGAGAAAUUUUCCCACAAUUCUUACCUUUCCUCUGUGAUCUCGCAAUACUUACUGUCAGUAUUCCCGAACGUCCUGUCACUUAGACAGAACACUGGCGACUUUGUACGGAUCAGAAUUUCUUUUGAAUGAAUGAAAUUCCAUUCCGAUUUGUGCCGCGGUUGCAUCUUGCAGCCGCUUUGUAAAUAACUCCCUAAUUCCCACAGUAUUGGGGAACUAUCUACCAAAAAGCUGAAAGACCUAAAUUGGUCUAUGAUGCAAAUUUAUUAAUACUAACCAAAGCUUACUUAGGAUUAGUAAAUUCUGCCCUACUCGCUAUAUUGCGAGUAGGGGCAUGUCUACUAAACAGUCAGCCCCCUAGUGUCCCCCCACCCGUGCCGCGCGAGUGUCCCCUCCCCCCCCCCAUAUUAACUGAAGGGGGGGAGACCUAGCAUCCCGGCCCCCACCCAUGAGCGGCCGGUAGGGGACCUAUUGUCAUCCCCCUCAGCCCCCACCCAUGAGCGGCGGGUGGGGCCCUAAAUGAAAAUGGGGGAGGGACCUACAAUCCUCCACUGGCCCCCAUCCAUGAGCAGCAGGUGGGGGCCCUAAAUGAAAAUGGGGGGGACCUAUUGUCCCCCUCAGCCCCACCCAUGAGCGGCGCGUGAGAGCCCUAAAUGAAAAUGGGGGGGACACCUACAAUCCUCCCCCACCCCCCACCAAUGAGUGGCAGAUGGGGGCAUUAAAUGACUAUGGGGGGACAUAUUGUCCUCCCCAGCCCCCUCAUAUAUUUAUUUAUUUUUUAAAGUAAAAAAAAUAAAAAUGCCCCCCCCAUUUUACACACUAAAUAUACUUACACAAACACACACACACACUCACACUCUGCAUUCAUUAUAUAUACACACUACACAAACACACUCCAUUCACUAUACACACACACACACUCUGCAUUCAUUAUAUACACACUACAAAAAAAACACACACAUUCUGCAUCCACUACACAAAGGCACACACACUACAUUCACUAAUAAAAUACUCUCACUGCAUCCACUACACACACAAAUAUUCUUGAAAACGUAAAAUAUUCUGACUGGCAUGUAUAUUUUGUGCAUUUACCUUAAUAAAAAAAAAUUUGCAAUAAAAGAAAUAUAUGUGUAUAUACUCGAGUAUAAGUCAACCCGAAUAUAAGCCGAGGCCCCUAAUUUUAGCACAAAAAACUGAAAAAACGUAUUGACUUGAGUAUAAGCCUAGGGUGGGAAAUGUAGCAGCUACUGGUAAAUUUCUAAAUAAAAUUAGAUCCCAAUAAAAUUACAUUAAUUGAAUAUUUAUUUACAGUGUAUGUAUAUAAUGAAUGCAGUGUGUUUGUGUAAUGUGUGUGUGUGUAUAUAAUGAAUGCAGUGUGUGUGUGUUUGUGUAGUGUGUGUAUAUAAUGAAUGCAGAAUGUGUGUGUUUGUAUGAAUGCAGUGAGGAUAUAAUGAAUCCAGUGUGUGUGUGCAUUAUAUACACACACACUCAUACAAACACACACUCUGCAUUAUAUACACACACACUCAUACAAACACACACUCUGCGUGUAUAUAAUGCAGAAUGUGUGUUUUAUGUGAAUGCAGAGAGAGUGUGUGUAAACUGGGUGGGGGGAGGGCAUUUUUAUUAAAUUUUUUUAAUGUUUAAUAUAAUUAUUUAAAUUUUUUUUAAUAUUAUUAUUUAAAUUAUUUUAAUAUUUGUUUAAUAAUUUUUUUUUUAGCCCCCCUCCCUGACCAGGCAACAAGCAAGGCUAAAAAUAAAUAAAUAAUUAAACAAAUAUUAAAAUAAUUUAAAUAAUAAUAUUAAAAAAAUUUAAAAUAAUUAUAUUAAACAUUAAAAAAAUUAAAUAAAAAUGCUAACAUUCCCUGGUGGUCCUGUGGAUGGGCUGUGCGGGGGGGGGGCCGGAGCAAGCUGUUACUUACCUUUACAGCCGCUCCUUUCAGCUUCCAGUGCCACGGGUCUUGCGAGAUUUACACUGGGAGCUGAACGGAGGUGACCGGAGCUGCACAGAGCAGCUGUAAAGGUAAGUAACAGCUUGCUCCCGGCCCCCAACAGGACCGCCGGGCUUGUAAUGAGCCCGGUGGUCCUGGUCUGUAUUAUGGCAAUGGAAGUUGCCAUAAUGCAGACAGUGACUCGAGUAUAAGCCGAAAGGAGGUCUUUUUCAGCACAAAAAUUUUCCCGAAAAACUCUGCUGAUACUCGAGUAUAUACGGUAAAUAAUAAACAUAUUCAGUUAACAGUAGAUUUGUGUAGGAAUAGUUUAUUUGUUUUUAAAUGGGAAAUGUACAGAGUAUCGGUAAGUUAUCGGCUAUUGGCUUGGAAGGUCACAGAUUAUCGCUACCGGUAUCUGCUCUAAAAAAAAAAUCAAUAUUGGUCGAUCCCUAUCCUCCAGUACAAUUCCUAAAAGAAGGAAAGAAAGAAAGAAAGAAAGAAAAAAAAAAAAACAGAUGUUUUGUUUAUUUUCCACACUUAGCUCCUUAAGUACUCAUGGGUGAAUACCAUCAGGCCAUGUAGCUUUGUUUAUACUAACAUUCUUUAGUUGCUGCAGAACCUUGUCUUGAGUCAUCCAGUGGGGUCUUUAAUAUUUUUUUUUUUGUGUGUUUAAUUUGUAGGGAGCAGUCAUAUAUGGAAAGUGUUGUUACAUUUCUGCAAGAUGUUGUUCCACAGGUCAGUAUAUCAAAACAAGAAACCGGGUCAUCAAGCUAAGUAAUGACACAUCAUUGUCUGGGAGCUCUUUUGUGUUAAUCCUAACAUAAUGUUGAUUUGUUUUCAUUCAUAAUUACAAAACCUGGUUCCCCAAAACAGGCAUUAUUAAUGACACAAGCAUUUUUUUUUCAAUGUAUUUAGGCAACUAUAAUUUGCAUGUUUCUCUUUAGGGAAUCCCUAUUUUUUUUAACGGCACACUAUAGUCACCAGAACAACUACAGUUUAUUGAAUUUGUUCUGGUGAGUAGAAUCAUUACCUUCAGGCUUAUUGCUGUAAACACAGUCUUUUCAGAGAAGAUGCAGUGUUUACAUUAUAGCCUAGUGAGAACUCCACUGGCCACUCCUUAGAUUGCUGCUAAAGGUGCUUCCUUCCUAGAGUUAUCAAAACAACUUUAGCUUAAUGAAGCAGUUUGGGUAUAUAGAUCCUGCCCCUGCCGUCUCACUACUCAAUUUUCUGCCAUUUAGGAAUUAAAUUAAUUUUGUUUUGGUUCAUGCAGCCCUAGCCACACCUUCACUGGCUGUGACUCACAAAGCCUGCAUGGGAAAAAAAGGUUUAAUUGUCAAUCAGAUGUUAAAUUACUUUAGACGUUUUUAUCUCCUAUUCUGUAUAUUGAACUUUAAUCACACACACAGGAGGCACCUGCAAGGUCUAGCAAGCUGUUAACAGAGCAGUAGAUAAGACAUUCUAAAUUAAACAGACUGUGCAAUAAAGCAAGUGUAAACAUUAGAGCUCCCUUUUUAGUAUGUGUUUAGGAAGGCUGUGUAAGCCACAUGCAGGGAGGUGUGACUAGGGCUGCAUAAACGGAAACAAAAGGGAUUGAACUCCUAAAUGGCAGAGAAUUGAUCACUGAGAGGGCUGUUUGAUUAAGCUACAGUUGUUUUGGAGACUAUAGUGUCCCUUUAAACUUGCUGUAUGACACAACUUUCCUGCAUACCCUUGUCUGGGAAGCACAGGUUUGCUUCCCAUAACAGGUUAAAAGUCUCCAACAGUUUUGUUGGCUUUGUGUACAUAAACCUUAUCUGCCUCUCUCCAUUAUCAGAUUGUCUGUCCAAAGCUCCUGCAAUAAAUAAUUCUCUCUUUCUCUCAGUGCUGCUGGUGCUUUAGUCAGACAGAGCCAGCACUCUCCUCCCCUACUUCCCCUUGCAGGCAUUUCUUUCCCUUAGGCUGAAUCAAGAAAUGGAGGAACACCCAGAGGAGGAUUUCACUGAUAAAAAGAGACCUGCAUAGUACAGCCUUCUUAACUCUGUGCUGGUCGGAACAGUUUGAAUUGACUGACAUCAUGGGGGGAAAAAACGUUUUUUAAAUCUCUGAUUAUAGAGUAACCUAGACGUUUGCUUGCAAUUCUCUUAGGAUAACAUAAAUCUAUCAUUUCAGAUUGGUUUGUAUUUUUUUGUGAUAAGUACCUUUUUAACAUCUAAGAUUUUGAUUCUAUCUGCACUCAUUUUUCCAUUAUCUCAUUGGCCACUGUACUGAGCAGAGAUGGGAAGCAUUGAGGAGUGUGCCUGUAAUUGGCUGACAGUUUCAGGUGAUGAUCCUUCAGGAGUGCAUCUUACAAGCUUUCAAUGUUUAAUAGAGGACACAUGUUGGAAAACCUAACAUUGUUGACCUGGAGGCAUUUUACCAACUUUCAUUCAUCUAUACAACACACCAUUCCAUUGUACAGCCUGAUGUGUGUUAGUUUUAUUAUCAAAAAAGGGCUUUAUUUACUUAGCUGGUGAUUGUGGAGGGCUGACAAAGGACCUUCAGAAUUGAUGGCAACAGGGUUAAGGUGGCAAAUUCUGCCAUUUUGGCCUAAAAUGUGUGAUUAAUUUGACAAAUUUCCAAAAUUUCACUUUAGUACAUAAAAUUGUUAGACACAUCCCCUAACCUCACUUAAAAUAAAAGAAUGAGCAGAAAGAAACCUCUUAGUGACCUUGUGAAGGUGCAAAAUCUUUUCUUCACCCUCUUCACUUUGGUCUUCAGAAAAGUCAUUUUAACUUGUUUUAUCUGAUGCUGACAAUGUUAAAGCAGGGGUGCCCAAAAGGUAGAUCCCCAGAUGUUUUGAAACUACAACUUCCAUAAUGCUUUGUCAUCCUAAAGGCAUGCAAAGCAUCAUGGGAGUUAUAGUUCUACAAAGUAUGGGGAUCUACCUUUUAGGCACCACCGUCUUAAAGGGUUACUCCAACCAUUUAACACAUUUUUUUUUUUUUUUUUUUUAAUUAGCCUAUUUAAAGAGUUCAGUGUUAAAACUAACCCUAAUAAAAAGCAAUAGUUACAUGGAAUCUAGCGCCUGUCAAGUUCCUGCGCUAGUUUCAACUACUGUUCUGAUGUUCUUUAUAAUAGAUAUGCUCCGUAUUAGGCUCUUUGUUAUUUCAUAUGUGAAAAUAAAAAAGAUUGUUAAAAAUAUAUAUUAAACUUCUAGUAUUUUAUUUAUUGUUUACACACCACAUUAGUACACUUGGCUUUAUUCAUAAUGUUCACCUUGUGUCAUCCCACAGGCAUACAGUGGGUCUCCUGCAACAGAGGAAAAAGAAAAAGUAGUUUGGGUCCGUUUUGAAAAUGCAGAUAUGAAUGGUGAGUAUAACUUAGUGAUACAUAUGUGCAUUGCCUAUUUAUUGAAUGACACAUUCACUGUUUUAUGCUAUUUUUAAUGUAUUUUUUAGAUUGACCAUUAAUAAUACCAUGGAAAUUUAGCUUUUAUACGUUCUUUAUCAAUUUACAUUCAUUUAAAAUCGCCUUGACAGUCAUUUAAAGUAUAAUUUAUUCUUACAUUUAAUUGGGUUUGUUGGAGAAAUCAUAUGCUUUUUUUAAAACCCAAGUUAUGGCUUUUGGCUACACAGGCAAUGAUGCAUCUUUCCCUUUCCCCCAUGUUUCUCCCAAAAAAAUGCUUCUUCACCUGUGUGUCCUUUAAUCCCCCUCUUGAAUUUUUUACCCUUUUUUGUUUUUCUUAUACUCUUUUUGGAAUGUCUUACCCCCUUUAGUUUAUCUUAUUCUCCAUUUUUCUUGGUACCCUCCCCACAUCUCCAGUCUAUCUAUUUGUGUCCUCCCGCACACAAAGCCUGUCUCAUUUUCCCCUUAACCUCCCACAGAAAUCUGUUCUGAACUUCAGGCUGUGUCUCUCUCUUUUGCCCACCCACAGCUCCAGCCUGUCUCUUUUGCGCCCUCUCCUCCCACAGCACCACUGUAUCUCUUUUGCCCCCCACUCCCACACCCCCUCCCAACGUUACAGCCCCAGUCUUUCUCUUUUGCCAGCUCACCUGUAGCAUGGCAGAGCACGGAAGAAGAGCUUGUUCCCCUCUCCCCAGUCUGACAGGGAGCUGCUAUGUGCUCUCUGUGAACAUUUCCUGUCAGACUGGAUAGAAGGAAAAACUUCUCUACCACGAAACAUGCUGUGACUGGCAAGAGGGGAGUGCUGUUCAGUGCAGACCUUGGAAGUGCGGUUACCGCUGCAGAUCUCAUGGAGGGGCCAUAACUCAACGUCCGGCGGGCCGUAGGUUGUACGCCAUAUGUUUUUUUUUUUUCCUGGAUUAAUAUAAUGUUGUGACAUAUUAAAAAUAAAGAAUAUUUAUUUGUAUGUUCGUGUCCCUUACUUUUAGAUCAUGCCCUCCCCUUAUAAAGAGAUAUAAAACAAAACACUGUUCUUACUCACUACUCUAGAACUGGGCAAUAUUCUCUUUGCAGUAGCUUCUCUUCUUCUGAAUCCACAAAUGGUCUCUGGUCCUAUCAAAUGUUUCUCACACAUUUGUGACCUACUGGCCAUGCUUAGCAAUUGCAGCACUCAGGCAGGCUGAUGAUCGUCAACAAGAAAAAUGUAAUUCAGCGAAUCCUUAUGCGAUCACUGAUCACUAAAAAAUGUCCCAGCCCAUGAUUUUUAUUCUGCUGCUCUCUUCCCUUACUUUGUUCUUAGGCGAGAGGGCAGAGAGUUCACCAUUUUUUUCUUUCUUACUUCCUUUUUUUUAUUGAAAAGUUUUUAUUGAUUUUCCAAAAAUCAAAAAAGGGGGGGAGGAAUACAGAAAGGAAAAGGGGAAGGGGAAGGGGGGAUAGACAAUACGUUGUGAAAUGUCAUAGAGCACAGUAAUAGUGGGUACAUGAUCCAGUCUUCCAUAGCAGCUUUGCUUUAACAAGUACAUUCCAUGCAAAGAUAGCUUCUACAUAGUUGGCUAGUAUGACUGUGGGUAGGAAGGUUAUCCUUCCGGACAUUUUUUUUUUUUUUUUCAUUCACAAUUCUUUACUGGAUUUUAAGUUUAUGGGGUACAGAAAAGAAGGGGGAGAAGAGGGAGUUUUCAUACAUCGGCGCCUGUGCUUGUUACAUGUGUAGUGGAGGGUUGGGGGUACAAGGGAAGUCACAGUUUGAUCAAUACAAUAUUCAUUACAUGGUAGACAUAUUCAUGCUUCAAGAUAAUACUGUCGUGUUUGUUCCAUGUUGUCUUUAGGUUUGAUAGCUACAUCUUAGUGGGUAUACCAUAUUAGUCUCCAAAAUAUAGUUUUAUAAUUACAUACAUACAUAAGUACAUGCGUGUAUUAGCGAGCGUGCACAUUUUAUACAUUUAGAUCUAUCCAGGGUUUCCAUGUGUUACGAAAUUUUUGUGUUUCUGCGCUAUCUGUCAUUGUCAUGCUUUCGUAUAUGUAGUAUUGUUGUAUCUUAUCCCAGAGUUGGGUUUUGGAAGGGCAUGUGUUUGAUUUCCAGUUAAUGGCUAAUAGGUUUCUGGCGGCCAGGAGUACAAUGGCACACUUCUGUUUGUGUGCUCUAGUGAGGCUGGUGGGGAAUAAGAGCAGUAGAUAUGUUUGUGGAUUUUUAGUUAGGGUCGGUAUAGCCAAUUUGUGGAGUGUGUUUUGGACCUCUGUCCAUAAAGGUUGAAUUUCUGGACAGGACCACCAGAUGUGUAGCAGUGAUCCUACUUCCCGUGAGCAUCUCCAGCAUAGAGGGGAGUCUGUGGGGUAUAUUUUGUGGAGUUUUUGUGGGGUCAUGUACCACCUGUAUAGUAAUUUUCUGUGUGCCUCUAUGUGUGUGUAACACUUUGUGAGUUUGGAUAAGUCAUUGAUGGCACGCAACCAGUCUACAUCGGGUAUCUUGAGGGAGCAGUCGUCUACCCAUCUUGUUUUGCAUAGCAGGGUUUGGUUUGGUUGUGUAUCAGUCCACAUCCCGUAACAUAGGGAUAUGGCCUUCUGUUUACUUGGUGUGGUCCAACACCUGUUAAGGUUAUUUGUCGCUGGUAUUAGUGUGUCAUUAGGUUUUGUGUGGUGUAGCUGUACAUGUGCUGUUAUAAUUCAUUUUAGUCUUAGGUAGGUGAACAGUUCUUUGGUUGGCAAUUGUCACUUGGUUUGUAGGUCUGUGAAUUGUAUUACCUUUUUGUUGUUUAUAAUUUGGUAAAUGUGGGUAAUUCCUGCUUUAACCCAAUUCGCCAGUAGUAAGUCUGGGGUUGUGGCCUUUAGGGCAGUUAGGGGAGCUUGGGCAUGGAAGACAGUUUUGCAGUCUAGUGCGUGCAUGAAUUUGUCCCAUACACUCAUCGUAUACGUUGUGGUGGGGAACAAUUUAAGUUUAGGUGGUCUGAGGUGUUUGGGUGUCCACAUUAAGUCAACCAAAUUAUGUUCUGGUAGUUGUGUCCUCUCCAUGUCCACCCAUUGAAGUUCUCCGGCUGGUGAGUGUAAGAGUAUGCCUGUCGCUAGUGCUGUUGCUUUAUAGUAUUGGUAGAUAUUUGGGAGGCCUGUUCCUCCUUUUGUGAUGUGUGCUUGUAGUAUUGUGCUGGGUACUCUGGGUUUCGUGUUGCACCAAAUAAAUGAGUUGCAUAUCGUUUGUAAUGCCUUGAGUGUAGAUUGUUAAACUCUAAUGGGUAGCAUCCAAAACACGUACAGUAUUUUGGGUAGUAUGGACAUUUUAUAUGCAUUGAUUUUCCCUAGCCAGGACAGGUGUGUGUGUGUGUGUGUGUGUGUGACCAUUUCAACAUUUCUGUUUUGCAUUGUUGUGGUAGUGGCAGAUAGUUAUAUUUUAUUAUUGUGGCAAUAGAUGUCCCGAUUUUUAUGCCUAGAUAUGUGAGGGAGGAGGACCUCCAGUCAAAUUGGUAUCGGUCUUUCAUGCGUUGUUGUUUCUCUCAUGGCAUACAUAGCUGUAAUGCUUGGGUUUUGUCUUGGUUGAGUUUAUAGUGGGAUACCUGACCAAAUUCUUUGAGAGUUUGCAUGAGGUGUGGGAGGGAUUGUUCUGGGUUUUCCAAUGAGACUAGUACAUCAUCAGCGAACAAUGACAGUUUGUGUUCUUUGCCUAGUACCUCGAUUCCUUUGAUACGCGAGUGUGUGUGUAUUUUUAGUGCUAGUGGUUCCAGCGAAAGGAUGUAUAGUAGGGGGGACAGAGGGCAUCCCUGACGCGUUCCAUUUGUUAUGUUAAAUUUGUCUGAUAUGAACCCUCCGUUUGAUACUCUGGCCGCUGGGCUACUGUAAAGUGCACCUAUCCCUUUGAUUAUCUUGGCUGGAAAGCCAUAUUUCUCCAAUACUUUCGACAUGUAUGCCCAGUUAAGGCGGUCGAAGGCCUUCUCCGCAUCUCGGUCGCAUGUCCCUCCGCUGCAGCCAGUAUAGUGAGGAUCUUACGGGUGUUGUCAGAACCCGGAUGAACCCGGACUGGUCGUUAUGCACUAGCCGGCCGAGGAUUGGGGCCAGUCUAUUACUCAGGAUCUUUUGGCAUCGCCAUUUAAUAAAGAUAUGGGUCUGAAAUUUUUGCACAUUGUAGGCGACUUUCCAGGUUUAGGUAGGGUGGAGAUAUGCGCCAAGAGUAUUUUGGCGGGUAGAGCUCCCCGCUCUGCGCACUUUUGGUACAACGUGAGCAAAUGAGGGGAGAGAUUUUGUGUGAUCGUUUUAUAAUACCUAUUAGUAAGACCAUCUGGACCUGGGGCUUUGUUUGUUGGCAGGCUUGUUAUUACUUGCAUAAUUUCAGUUAGUGUUAUGGGUUGUUGUAGGGAUUGUAUUGUCGUCGGUGUAAGGAAGGGUAGGUGUAGGUUGGCCAAAAACCUGUCCAUGUCUGCUGAAGUAGGCACGUUGGUGGUCUGAUCUUCUUUGAGAUUAUACAAUUUAUGAUAGUACUCUGCGAACAUGUUAACGAUUUUACGAGGGUCAAUGAUUUUUUGACCAUUAUUUCCUUUGAGGUAGGCAAUCCUGGAGGCACUUGUUUUUUGUUUAAGCUGUGUUGCUAGUGUGGCUCCAGCUUUGUUCCCUGCCAUGAAGAAUUUGUUUUGAUUUUUGUAAAAAAUACGUAGUUUUAGCCAAUUCUAUAUCUCUUAGUUUGGUUUGUAGUUGCAGCAGUUUGCGGUGUGUGUCCAUGGUAGGUGAAUGUUUGUUCUUAUGUGUCAGGAGUUUAAUUUCGUCCAUGAGGGUCAUGUAUUGUGCUCGUCGGGAGCGUUGGACCUGGGUAGCAUGUUUAAUAAAACUACCUCUUAUAACCGCCUUGUGUGCUAGCCAGGUGUAGUCGGGAUCUAUGUCUGGCUUGGUAUUGUCCGCAAAAUAAUUUUGGAGGUCUAAUGUGAUUUGCUCCACUAUGUGUGGAUUGGUGAGCAAGGAUUCAUUUAGUCCAGGGUCAUCGUUUUGGGAGCGUGGUCUGACCACGUAAUAAUGCCAAUGUUUGUGUGUAAUACUUUCGGUAGGGACAUUGUUUUAAGUAAAAACCUGUCUAUUCUUGAGUAGCUAUUGUGCGCAGGGGUAUGACAGGUAUAGACAAUGUCUGUGGGAUGUGUUAUCCUCCAGGGGUCUACAUAGUCAUGAGUGGUUAGGGUAUUACAGAUAUGUUGGGACUGUGUAAGCCGUCGUUUAGAUGUUGUGGGUGUUACAGUGUCCGAGGCAGAGGAGUCUUUGAUACUGUCCAGGAGGAAAUUGGUAUCGCCUCCAAGUAUUACCUCCCCAAAGCUAUACACUUUCAACAAUGAAAAUACAUGUGAUAUGAACGAUUCCUGGUUUUCAUUGGGCCCAUAGAUAUUCAUUAAUGGGAAGGGACUGUUAUUGAUAUGGCAUUGGAGGAUGAGGUAUCUGCCUUUAUUAUCACUAAUUUUGCAAACUAGUUCAAAAGUAGUAGAUUUACUCACUAGAAUAGAAACUCCUCUCUUCUUUUUGGAGUAGCAAGAGAGGUAGUCUAUCGGGAACCAGUGUGAAUUAAACCUGGGCCGGGAGCCCCAUUUAAAAUGCGUUUCUUGGAAGAAGCCUAUGUGCGCCUUCUGUUUCCUGGCCUCCAGUAGUGCCAGUCGCCGCUUAUUUGGCGAAUUUAACCCUCUUGUGUUUAGGGAGAGUAUUGUGAUCGGCAUCCUGUUGGUAAAAGUUAGGUUGGGUGGGGCAGGGAAUCUUCCCUCUUGUUUGGUAAUAGUGCACUUGCUUCAGUUUUGCUAUCGCUGGAUUCUGAGCGAAGGGUGGUAGGUAGAAAUGGGUGGGAGGGGGGAAACAAGAACUAUAUACAAGACCCGUUAGCCAAAUGGCACAGCGCAGUGAUCUGCAAACCGGUAUGGUGUGGCUUGUUAUUUAAGCCGUAUGGGGGAUUGUGGGCGGUAGAGCGUUAGAUACUUCUGAGUGGAUUACGGGAGUUGUGUCCUUCAACAGGUGUAUAGUAUUCAGUAUUAAUGUGUGAUUAUUGUUGCAGCUACUCUGCUCGGGCGUCACUUACAGUAUAGCCGUGAAGGCGGGGUAAUAACACAAUUUAACAAAAACUUACCCAAGUGACAUCCGCCUAGUGUGGACUUGUGGCUGUGGAUCACAUUGCGGGUGAAAACAGCCGCAGGGUCUCACAGGGGAGUGAUAGGUAAACAGUAUCAACAUAUUACACUUUGAAUACAUAUCUGCGAGUCUUCAUUGGUGGUCUGUGGGAUUGCGCUUGGGUGCGCUGGUAGGCGGCAUGUCCGGUGCCCUUGUGCGUGUCUCGUGCCAGGGGACUGUAUGCAAGUCUCUGGUAAGUUUCCUAGGCAGUGAUGCUGUGGGUGAUCUGAAGUUGGAUGGUUGGUGGAUAGGUAUGUUCCAUUCUUUAAGCAGCUGUAUGCCAUCAUGCGGCGUGAGGAUGAUUCGAUCUGUUCCAUUCUUCUUAAGUAUGAGUUUCGCUGGGAAUCCCCACUUGUAUGGUAUGGCGGCGGAGUGCUGUGGUGAUGGGAGCAAAGGCUCUCCUUUUGGACAUCGUCGUUGCCGAAAGGUCAAUAAACAGCUUGAUGUCUGUAAACGGGGCUGGGAGUGGUGUAGCGGCCCUAGAAGCCUGCAUUAGUUGGUCUUUCACUGUGAAGUAGUGUACCCUUGUAAUUACAUCUCUUGGGGUGGAGGGUGGUAGGUGUCUGGGUUUCGGCAGGCGGUGCGUACAGUCCAGGCGGAGGUCUGAGGCCUCAAGGUUGGGAAUCAGGGCUCGGAACAUAUCUCGGACAAAUUUAGUUAGGUCUUGUGGGCCUAUGUUUUCCGGUACGCCUCUCAGCCUUAUAUUAUUCCGCCGGUCUCGGUCCUCGUUGUCUGCAAUUUUCCCCUCUAAGUAAAACACUUUCUGUUGAAGUGUGGUGUGUGCUUCUGCUAAUUCGUUGUGUGCUGGCUUGUAGUGAGCGCAGCAUGUUGCACACCGACGCAUUUGUGGCCGGUUGCGAGUUUGGGGUGUCUGGGAUUUCUUGGCUGUCCCCGGUAUCGUGAUCUGAUAUAGGUGAGUUCGGGUCACCGUCGCCAUCUUGGUCGCUGUAAUGCACCAUUUUUAGAUGUGAGUGCAAUGUUUUCUGUUUUAGUUUCUUACUUGAUUUUGUGGACAUGUCCACCCCUGCGAUCCGGGCGGCCCCUAGUUGUGCUGGUGUGUCUGUUAAGCUGAGAAACACGCUGUUCGGUCCACGGUAUGGAGGAGCUCGCUUUAUAUGCGACUGCUUCCAUGCGGUGUCCGGCCACGCCCCCUUUAUUUUAAUUUUUUUAAAGAUUUGUAUUCAUAUUAAAUUAUCUUUCAUAUAUAUAUUUUUGAUGUGAAAUGAAAACUCUUUUUCUCCUGAACAAAAUUAUAAAUAAUAGGUGUGGGUACAAUUAAUAUGAAAGAGGUAUAUUUAUGGUUGAACAGACCUAUAGCACAAAUUCCAGGAUUUCUUUUGUUUCGGAACUUGGUCAAUCUUAAGGGGUUAAGAUGGUUUUGGUACUUAGUGUACGUUUCAAAAAAACAAAACAUAAUUGCUAAAAUAUAAUAGACUUGCUUAAGAUAGACCAAGAUUGGAGCAGAGAUUAUCAUCUAAUAUUGUCAUGUGAAAGGGUGUGUUACUUGUGAUUUAUUUUACCUUCCCAUGUUUAUAAAUAACACAUUACUGGCAGUGGAAUUAAAUGAGCAAAAGGAACAAUGACUUCAGUGGGUUAACAGGUGAACAACACCUGCAAAUAUUGUUUGCCUCUCCUUUUUAAGUGUGUUAAGGGGUUGCACCAGUUUUUAUAUUUUGUAUCCGUUUUCUUACUGAAACACAAUCCAGAAACUCAGAAAUGGUUUUUAAAAAAAAAAAAAAAAUAUACAAUAAGAUUAUCAAUAGACAUCAUAUCAUGGAUACUGACCUUAAAAAAACCACCACAGAUGGUGGGCCUAUCUUAUCUUAUGGUUCUAUAAAACUGUAAAAUUUGUAACUGUAUUUCUCUAAUUGUUCUUUGUUUGAACAGUAUGUGAGAGAUGACAUUUUUUCCUCUCCUAUUUCCCAUUAGACAUAUAUAGAAAUAUGGAGUUUCAUGAAGUACAUAGCACUGGGAAUGAACCCCCUCUUCUACUGAUGAUAGGGUAUACGGAUGGAAUGCAGAUCUGGAGCAUACCAGUGAGUACAUCGUUCCAUUAA